UCCUGUCUUGCCUUCCCUCUCAAGAGGUCUCACGCUACACAAACACCUGGAUAGUUCUUGAACAUUUUUUUCCUUCUCUCGGUUUGGGGCCAAAUCACAUCAGUCAUUUAAAAAAAAAAAUCUUCCAAGUUACGGCUCAACGAACUUCUCCAACAGCACCGAAUUCGUCUUCGCUUCAUCCGGUCGAUCCCUCCUCCAACGCCAUUGUUGUCUCCCGCAAGCUUUCGCAAACUUGGCUCCCCUUCCAGCGGAUGGACGCCCGAUCUGCCCGAUCUCUUAUAGGCGUUUAACUCCGAUUGGAGCUCCUCCUCCAUCCGUCUCUCCCAAUGGCUGCCUGGCUUAAGGCCGCGGAAGGUCUGUUUGAAGUUGUUGAUCGGCAGGCAAAGCUAGUUGUUAAUGAAUUGUCAGAAGAGAAUUCUGAUUCUCAGCCAUCUGCUUCUAAUGGACAAGGAUCUCAACAGAAAAAGCCCAAGCCAAAGCCAAAAUCAAAGUCAAAGGCUCAAAAGAGGCGCUCGAAAGAUGAAUCCACAAAGCUAAGUGAGCCAGCACAAGAGGUGACUAAUACACCAACAUCAGAGGCAGAAGCAAUAGAUCAAGCGGCCCGUUCAGUUAAAAAUGCCGAGAAAGCUUCCAGCAGUUCUGUAGCUCAAACAAGCAAUGAGCAGCAAGAAACUGUUGACAGUGCUUCAAGUGUAUCACUACCGACAAAUAUGAAUGAGCAAGUCAAGCAUGAAGCUGACAGUGUUCAAAUUCCUAUAACUGUUACAGACCCUAUAAUACCACCUUCGGAUGGUGCGCUCCUUAAUGAUAAGACUACAGAUGUCCCUGCAGAGAGUACUUCUUCACCAUCACCUGCCAAAGAAAUGGAAGUUGUCAAAGAGCAUGAUCCCGUUGUUGCUGUUCCUGAUACCACGACAAAGGAAAAUGAGGGUUCUUCAAAGAUUGAGCUAGAAAAAUCAAGUAAAGAUUCUCUUGUUAUUAAUGAAAAAUCAGCCAAGGAUGACGAGCUUAAGGUAGAAUCUCCUAUGCAUCAACAGAAGCAAGUUGAGCAUGACGUUGCUGCUUCACCCAGGAAAAUUCAGGAGCAACUUGAGGAGGGCGCCACCUUUUGUCUCUGGUACUCAUUAAUUACUUUAGUUGGUGUGCAGGCUCAAGGACUACUCAAGACUGCAAAUUCCACUGGUCAGUCAAAAGAAGCUAGACUAGCACGGGUUUGUGCUGGGCUUUCAACCCGCCUUCAAGAGUACAAGUCUGAAAAUGCACAACUCGAGGAGCUUUUGAUUGCAGAGAGAGAACUAAGCAAGUCAUGUGAGGCUCGUAUGAAGCAGCUACAGCAAGACUUAUCUGUGUCAAAAAUGGAAGUAACAAGAGUAGAGUCAAACAUGGCUGAGGCAUUGGCAGCAAAGAAUGCUGAAAUUGAGGCGCUUCUUGGUUCUAUGGAUGCACUUAAGAAACAAGCUGCAUUGUCAGAAGGAAGCUUGGCUUCUUUACAGGCAAACAUGGAGUCUCUUAUGCGAAAUAGGGAACUGACAGAGACAAGGAUGAUGCAGGCUUUGCGAGAAGAGUUAGCCUCUGCAGAACGGAGAGCAGAAGAAGAGCGGGUGGCACACAACACUACUAAAAAGGCAGCUAUGGAGAGGGAAGUGGAUCUAGAAAACAGAGCUGUGGAGGCUUCCACAGCUCUUGCUAGGACUCAGAGACUUGCAGAUGAAAGGACAUCAAAGGCCUCAGAACUUGAGCAGAAAGUUGCACUGCUUGAGGUUGAAUGUGCAACAUUAAAUCAAGAGUUGCAAGAUAUGGAGGCCCGUGUUCGGCGAGGCCAAAAGAAGGCCCCUGAAGAGUUAAACCAGUCAAUUCAGAUGCAGGCAUGGCAGGAAGAAGUAGAACGAGCACGCCAGGGUCAGAGAGAGGCUGAAAACAAGCUUUCUUCUGUUGAGGCUGAAUUGCAGAAACUGAGAGUUGAAAUGGCAGCCAUGAAAAGGGAUGCUGAACACUAUUCACGCCAGGAGCAUAUGGAGCUUGAGAAACGAUAUCGGGAACUAACUGAUUUACUGUAUUACAAGCAAACACAACUAGAAACAAUGGCUAGUGACAAGGCAGCAGCAGAGUUUCAAUUAGAGAAGGAAUUGAAGCGUAUUCAGGAAGUGCAGGUUGAGGCUGAAAGAGGCAGAAUUGCCCGCCGCCCAUCUCCAUCAUGGGAAGAGGAUUCCGAAAUGAAAGCACUCGAGUAUGCCUCUCCCAGUGUACCACCGCCAUUUGGUGGGCGCAAGCGUACAGUUGCAGAAGGCAGCAAAGAUAUUGGACUCAGGAGCUGCCAGAGCCACGCGAUUCUUGUGGCGGUACCCAACAGCUCGGCUGAUCUUUUUAUUCUAUCUGUAACACACACAUUGUGCUGCGCAGGUGUUCGUACAUUUCUUCAUGAUGUAUUUAUUGCAUCGCCUUCAGGUAUCAACGUUGUGCUUUUUCACUCCCUUACUGAUUUUCCAUCGCUGUACUCGUCGCCAUUUGUUAACCGUGUGUCCCUCGCAAUGCAACAGGCGCAAGCUGACGAUCUCUCAGCUAGAGAAGUCGCGGAGUCGAUGGGCCUUACCGACCCCAACUUGCAGCUACAUGCCCGGCGCUGACCACCACCCACUGCUGUGGGCAUGCCUGUGUAUUGUGCCUCUGUAUAUCGUCCCAACAGAAGAGCAUUAGGGUGAUAGAGAAGUAACCAACCACAUCGGAUGAGUGAUGAGAGUACAAGAGUAGGGUUGCCAUUUUUCAGGCAUAUUUGCAGCAAAGCUGAAGCUUUGUUGUGGAAUGGGCGACUUUCCAUUUAUUUCUUCUCGAACCAUUUUCCUACCUUUCUACCCCCUUGGUUGUGAAAUCUAAUUAGAGGUUUUGCUGGGGGCAAUACUGAGUACAGACUUGUUUUUUUGUGUACAUGAUGAGCUAGAAAUAUAUAGAUGUAAUUGUACAUCAAACAUGCUGACAAAAGAGGGGAGAUAAAAUUUCAUUUUAUUAGAAUCAA